UUGGUGUUGGACGUCAUACUUAGCGCUGCUGCACCGCCUUCCAAAAAAAAAAAGAAACCGCAAAACGAGUGGCCGUAGUUUAUAGUGUUCCGUAUUCCCAGCUUCAGUGUGAAAACAUACAGACUGUCGAGGUAGUUGACGGGAGAAGACUGAAAAGGUGGUGCCCUCAUAAAAGCUGUCGAUAGUGUACGACGAAAAAGUUGUAAGGCUUGAAUGUACAGACUCUAUUCACUGGACGAAUAAAGGAGUUUGGAUUACGGCACGUGCCAUCUUCAUUUAGAACUGACACUGACGGAUAAUUGCAGCUGGGGCAUGCCAGAAAAGGGUGAAUAGUCGGUAUAGCUGCUAAACAACAAGAGGGUGGGAGCCAGUAAGAGACCCAGCUGCAGAAGAAGAUGGGAGAGACUGAGGAGGAGAAGGGUGCCCGAGCAGGGCUGCUGUUUGAGAGCUUCAUCCAGGCCUCCACCUGCAAGGGCACGCUGCAGGCCUUCGGCAUCCUGUGCAGGCAGCUGGAGCUGGAUCCGCAGGAGCACCGGACCUUCUACUGCGGCCUGCGGGCCUACGUCACCUCCUGGAAGGCCAAGGCCCUCUGGAGCAAGCUGGACAAGAGAGCCGCCCAUAAGGAGUAUAAGAAGGGCAGGGCCUGCGCCGGUACCAAGUGCCUGAUCAUUGGAGGCGGCCCCUGUGGCCUGCGGACAGCCAUCGAGCUGGCCCUUCUUGGGGCUAAGGUGGUGGUGUUGGAGAAGAGGAACUCUUUCUCCAGGAACAACGUGCUGCAUCUUUGGCCGUAUACCAUCCAUGACCUGCGGGGUCUUGGUGCCAAGAAGUUCUACGGCAAGUUUUGUGCUGGAGCCAUCGACCACAUCAGUAUCCGGCAGCUCCAGCUCAUGCUCCUGAAGAUCGCCCUCCUCCUGGCUGUGGAGGUUCAUGUUGGUGUAGAGUUUGUCAAGCUCCUGGAGCCUGAAGACCAGGAGAACCAAGGGCCAGGCUGGAGGGCUGCGGUCAUACCAGCUGACCAUCCCGUCUCUGAUUUUGACUUUGAUGUGGUAGUGGGUGCGGACGGCCGGCGGAACACACUGGAAGGUUUCAGAAGGAAGGAGUUCCGUGGGAAGCUGGCCAUCGCCAUCACGGCCAACUUCAUCAACCGCAACACCACGGCCGAGGCCAAGGUGGAGGAGAUCAGUGGGGUGGCCUUCAUCUUCAAUCAGAAGUUCUUCCAGGACCUCAAGGAUGAGACCGGCAUUGAUCUAGAGAACAUUGUGUACUACAAGGACAACACUCACUACUUUGUCAUGACUGCGAAAAAGCAAAGCCUGCUGGAUAAAGGAGUCAUUAUUCAUGACUAUGCCGACACAGAAAUGCUUCUCAGCAGUGAGAACGUCAACCAAGAUGCCCUGCUCUCCUAUGCACGCGAAGCUGCCGACUUUGGCACCAACUACCAGCUGCCUUGCCUGGACUUUGCCAUGAACCACUACGGGCAAGCGGACGUGGCCAUGUUUGACUUCACCAGCAUGUAUGCCUCAGAGAACGCUGCCCUUAUCAGGGAGCGCUUCGGCCACCAGCUGCUGGUGGCUCUUGUGGGUGACAGCCUGCUGGAGCCCUUCUGGCCCAUGGGCACUGGCUGUGCGCGGGGGUUCCUGGCUGCCUUUGAUGCUGCUUGGAUGGUGCGAAACUGGGCGCAGGGUCGGACACCCCUGGACAUCCUGGCAGAGAGGGAAAGCCUGUACAGACUGCUGCCCCAGACAACCCCUGAAAACCUCACAAAGAAUUUUGAACAGUAUACCAUAAACCCAGCGACCCGGUACCCCAAUCUCAACUCCAGCUGUGUUCGUCCCCACCAGGUGCGGCACCUGUACAUUAAUGGAGAGUUGCAGCAUGUUGGCCCAGUGCGCAGAUCGGUUAAUCUCCCCCGACGGGACCCUGAUAUUCGUGCAAACCGGCUGUUGACCUGGUGCCAGAGGCAGACUGAGGGAUACAGGGGUGUGGAUGUGACAGAUCUCUCAUCGUCUUGGAAGGAUGGCCGAGCCCUGUGUGCUCUCAUCCACCACUUCAGACCUGAUCUCAUAGAUUUUGACUGUCUAAACACUGAGGAUGGGGCCACAAACAACCAGCUAGGUUUUUCAGUUGCUGAGCGAGAAUUCGGCAUCUCUCCCAUCCCGAUGGAGCAGGAGUGUGAGGCUGGCCUGGAUCAAGACGAGCGGCUCAUGGUCGCUUACCUCUUCAAGGUCUAUGAGGUGUUUCGGAGUGCACCAGUACCUGCUGCAGGUACCAGAAGACAAUUCAACGCAAAAGAGGAGUAUUCUACAAAGUUGACCAGCACUGUUUGCAACUUGAUGAAUAUAGUGCUGCCUAGAAAACGGGUACCGAAGGAUGAGAAGAAGCUGGAGGACAGGGACUCUUCUCACAAACGAAGACGGAGGAGCAACAGUUACCUGGAGGAGGCAACAAACUUCUCCAAACAGAGUGCAAACCUAGAGAGUGAGGCCAGGGCCCUCAAGGAGAACAGGGUCAGGUCCAUGGCCACUCAGUUGUUGGCCAAGUUUGAGGAGAACACACCCAACUGUGUGCUGCUAAGGAAGCCAAAGACUGACUGCAGCACUGAGAGCAUGCUGAGGCCACGUUCUCUGGACAUGACAGAGACCUUCCACUUAGCCAUGCCCAGGGGUGCGCCCCCUCCCCCUCCUACUCCUCCCAGACGGCAGUUCCAGUGUCCCCCCAUGAUGUCAUACACAGCGUUGUCCAUGGUUACGCUGCCCCCCUGCCCACAGCGUCUCCUCAGGAAGUCCAGACCAGCCGAUCAGACUCCAGCAGGGGGUCCGGCUCCAGCAGAUUACCCAGCAUACCCGGCAUCCCGCAGUGCUGCUAUCAUAGCUGUGUCAGGCAUGCUCAAGCGCCUGCAGAGAGUGGAGGAAGAGAUCAGUCAGAGGAAGGCUCAAACCCAGAACCAUAGGGAGUUUCAGAAAAAGAGCAUAAAGGAGAAGGCCGUCCACCUCAGCUCUUUGUUCUUGGGGGGCAAGACCCCCCCAGCCCAGGACCUGGAUGCGCAGCUUUGUAAAAAAAAGAAAUCUCAGGAAAUGACUGAUGCAGACGUGUGUGAAAGAAAUGGCCCCGAUAUGAUCUUUCCAAAACAAAUGGAAAUUUGGGAUUCAAGCCCAGCUCGUACUUUAACUUCUUCCAAACAGAGGACUGUGGGGAAGGUGUCAACGGUCAUAGGUGCAAAGGCGGAAAAACUCUCCUAUCUGUAUGAGAACGAUCACAAGCGAAAAUGGUCAUUUCUCUCACCGGGGUCCUUGCGAAAGGCGUUCCCGCAGGUCCUUGGAGGUGGGGACAUGUGUCACUUCUGCAGGAAGCAGGUGUACCUGAUGGAGCGCCGGAGCGCAGAGGGUCGCUGCUUCCACAGGGACUGUUUCCGCUGCCAGGACUGUGGCGCCCCCCUGAGGCUCGGAGGAAACACAUACCACACUGACCAUGGCCAGUUUUAUUGCAAGGAGUGUGCGCAGCUCAAUGUUAGCACCAAGCACUGGAGGAGCACAAGUCAACUUCAGAUGGCGGGCGGCGGGGCGGGGAUGCUGGAGGGCUCUCAGUGGUCCCAGACUGAUGGACCCCGGCGGCAGAGUGCUCCUGCAGUCAUUUUCAACCUCCCAGUACCGCAACCUCUGAUUGGCUGAAACAUGACUACAGGAAGGUGAUAGCCUGCAUGGUCCAUAGUCACAAGUUUACUGCUGUGCUGUGGCUACUACUGUUCUGUCAUCGGCUGUUAAUGCAAUAUUAAUUACCAGUUUUGCUGAGAAUGGUGCAUGGAUCUUAUAUUUUAUGGAAUUCACAUUUGUUCUUAUCUCCAUCAAAGUGAGUUGCAUCGGUCAAAGUCAGUUUCAGUUUUCUUUAGCUUUUUGUUUUCAUUAACAGAAAUGCUGUGGAGAUUUCACUAACGUGUCUGCCUGAUUCCAAGUCUCAGUCCUCCUGAAACUCCUCCUAAGCUGUCUCUCUACCUGUCUUCUUCUGUCUUCCUGUGUUAUGGUCUGUUCCAGGAGCUGCGUAUAUCUCAGACAGUCCUGUGAGACGGCUCCUUUUCCUAAAAACGGGGCGCGGCUGCUCCUCUGAUGUUGAAAGUUUUACAGAUUCACAACCAGUUUCGUCCUGUACAUUUGAAGCUGUAUUUAUACUCAUUCUUCUGCAGGCUGUAUUUUGCACAUUCAUAUGCUGUAUGUUUCAAAUAAAUGGACUAGAACACUCCCUCA